GCUCCAAGAGGCAAACAGCGUAAGUUGGAAACAGAAAAAAUGGAUGAAACUAACGAAGGAGAAUUUGAAAAUGACAACGACGAGGCAGAGGAAAAUUCAGAUGACGGAAAAGCAAAAGAUGAGGAAGAAUUUACCUUGGACGAUGUGUUGCGUUUGGGAGGGACAAAGGCGGACUAUGUCAUGCUCACCAGCAUUGGUGACCCUGAUGAGAUGGUGAAUGGUGGAAAGAAAGGAGCGAUUGAUGACCUGGAAGAAGGAGAACUGGAAAAGUACAUCACUACAUUGGGAAUACGUGCCUAUUCAGGACAACAGAUUGUUCCGGAUGAAGAAGCUGAGGAAGCGUCCACGAGUAAGAAAAAAGAGAAGAAAAAGAAAGAUGAGGGAGAAACAGAGACACAGUCCGAGAAACAGGGAUGUGACACAACAGCUGCAGCACCCUGUGCAAACGACAGCAAGAACAAGGCAAAAAAGCCCAAAGAAUUGUCCAGCGGUUCCGGAAAGAAGGCCAAGCAGAACGUCAACCUCUUUGAGUUUCAUCCUCGGCAGGUUCUGCUGAUAAAACCUGGAGGAAAGUGGUUCGACAUGGAGUACACGUCGGAGAACGACACCGUCCCCCAAGAUCAGUCUCUGGUGUCCCAGUACAAGGCUUUGGCUCAGAAACUGUAUGAAGCAGAAACGGCGCUCUACAAGAACAAGAAGACCCUUCAGAAGGGGGCCAACUCAGCCUGGAUGAAAACGGUGGUGUCCAAGGGUACUUUGGCUGACAGGAUGGCCGCUAUGACCGUUCUUAUCCAGGACGCCCCGGUGCACUGUCUGGAACACGUUGAGAACCUGGUCUCUCUUAUGAAGAAGAAAGGCAGUCGCAGGCAGAGCCUGAUGGCUUUGGACACGCUCCGCGAGCUGUUCAUGUCGGAUCUGCUCCCAGAACAUCGGAAGCUCAGGACCUUCGCCCAGCGUCCGUUCGAUCGGUUAGAGGAGAAGGCCAGCGGAAACAAGGACGCCCGCGACCGGAGGCUCGUCCUUUGGUACUUUGAGCAUCGGCUGAAGCACCAGGUGGCCGAGUUCACGGCCGCUCUGGACACCAUGGCCCACGACACCGUCCAGGCCACCAAGACCAAGGCCCUGACCGCGGCCCACGAGCUCCUGUGCGGCCGGCCCGAGCAGGAGAGGGCUCUUCUCAUCCAAGUGGUCAACAAACUCGGCGAUCCCGAGUACAAAGUGGCGUCCAAAGCCUCCUAUCUCCUUGAGACCCUCCUCCACCAGCACCCCAACAUGAAAGCGGUGGUGUGCAGCGAAGUGGAACGCCUCUUGUUCAGACCCAACAUCAACCCCAAGGCCCAGUACUACGCCAUAUGUUUCCUCAACCAAACGCUCCUCAGCCACGAGGAGGCCGAGCUGGCCAGCAAGCUCAUAGCCAUCUACUUCUCCUUCUUCCACGCGUGCGUCAAGAAGAAAGACGUGGAAUCGAAAAUGCUCAGCGCGCUCCUCACGGGAGUGAACAGAGCGUACCCCUACGCGGAGGUCGGCGAUGAAAAAGUGAGGGAGCAGCUGGACACUCUUUUUAAAGUGCUUCACAUGGUUAAAUUCAACACGGCCGUUCAAGCCCUCAUGCUUCUCUUUCAAGUCAUGAACUCUCAACAGACUGUCUCGGAUCGCUACUAUGUAGCUCUCUACAGGAAGUUGCUGGACCCGGGUUUGUUGACAUGCUCAAGACAAAGCAUGUUCCUCAACCUCUUGUAUAAGUCUUUGAAGGCGGACGUGGUCUUGCGUCGGGUCAAGGCUUUUGUGAAAAGGUUACUUCAGGUCAGCUGUGAGCAGAGUCCUACCUUUGCCUGUGGGGCACUUUUCCUGGUGUCAGAAGUUAUGAAGACCAAGCCAGGUCUAAAACUCCUCCUCCAGGAGGAAGGGGAUGCUGAAGAGGAGAUGUUCAAAGACCUCAAAGAGGAAGAUGAUGACGAAGAGGAGAGGUUUGUGGAUGCUGACAAAGUGGAGGAAGGAACGAGUGAGAGACCAGAGCUGCCAAAACCUGCUGCAUCGUGGGUACACCACCAAAACCUGGAAGGCGGGAAGAAGUCUGAGACGUAUGACCCCAUGCACAGAAACCCUUUGUACUGUGGGGCUGACCACACCACACUCUGGGAGCUACAGAAGCUCUGUUUACAUUUCCAUCCUUCCGUGGCAUUGUUUGCCAAGACAAUUUUACAGGGAGAAUUCAUUCAGUACACUGGGGAUCCACUGCAGGACUUCACUCUCAUGCGCUUCUUGGAUCGUUUUGUCUUCAGGAAUCCCAAGCAAAUGAAGGGCAAACAAAACACAGACAGCAGCGUUCUACAGCCCAAACAGAGGCGGUCUAUGAGUAACAUCCGUUCCCUGUCAGUUAACUGUCAGGAAUUUUUGUCUAAGGAUGAAAGCCAGAUUCCCGUGGAUGAGGUGUUCUUCUAUAGAUUCUUUAAGAAGCGCCAGGCAGACAAUCAGCUGAAAAGACCCCGAGGAGACGGCGAUGAUGAGAGCGUGGAGGAUGUUGAUGAUGAUGAAUUUGAGCGAGUCCUUGACUCGUAUGAAGGGGACAGCUUCUAUGUUGAUUUGAAGGAUGAAGACCUGGACUUCGCUGGUAACGUGAAAAACACAGCGAAGAAAGGUCAAAGGGCAGACGAGGACUCCGACCUCGACUCUGAUGAUGUCGAUAACCUGGACGAUGAAGAAGUGUCGCUGGGCAGCAUGGACGAGGAAGACUUUGGAGAUGAACUGGAGGAGGAAGGAGGCACGUUCGAAGAUCCAGUAGGAGAGGACGAUGAUGAAGACGAAGAAGAUUUUGAUGAUGAGAUGGAUGACACUGAAGAUGUCAGUUCGGGCUCCAUCAAGAAGAAAAGGAAGUCAUCAGAGCAGCUAGAUUUCUCUGGCUCCAUGGGUAACAAACCAGGGAAGAGGAAAAAGAAAGGAAAAAAGGUUGAUGAAACCAUGCUUGCGUCAGCUGAGGAGUUUGGAUGUUUGCUGGAUGAAAACGCAGGGUCUAAAUUUGACAACAUUGGAAUCAAUGCAUUGUCCAACAAAGACAAAGCGAGCGUCAAACAGCUCAAGUGGGAGGCUCAGCGAGAUGACUGGAUGCACGGAAGAGACGUGAAGACGCUGCGGAGAAAGAAGGCCAUGUUUAACAAAAGGAAACAGUUUGGAAAAGCCAGAGUUGGCAAAAAGACUGUUGGCAGGAAGAAAUAAAAACCAGAUCUGGGCUAUGGACUCUUAUCUGCUUUUUUUUUUUCACCAACCUUUUGU